AAAGCUGGCGAUGGGGACAGCAUGAGAGUGGCGGCGCGGCGGCGGCGGAGCACAGCGAGGCACCGGGGCUGCCGGCUGCAGGGGGGGGGUUCAUGCACCCCUCCCGCCGCGCCCGCUGCCGCAGAGCCCGCCAGAAACGCGGCCGCCGCUCCGCCGGCUCCCGGAGCGCUCCGGAGGGACCCGGGGGGGGGAUUGGGUUUUUUUAAUUGUUAUUUUUAUUAUUAUUUCUCGAGGGUGUUUUGGAUUUCUUUUUUUCUUUUUCUUUUUCUUCGGCAUCGUUUUUUCCCUCCCGCCGCCGAGGCUCCGGAGAGAAGAGGGGGAAGAACUUGACAGCCGCUCCGUUUCACUCCCCUGAUUUUUUCCUUAUUACCUUUUAUAUUUUUUAAACAUUUUUAUUUUAUUAUUUUCAUUUUUUCCCUGCGUUUCUGAGCCGCCGCCGUGUGCCGGCGCGGGGCUGACUUCUCCUGUGCGCGUCUCCAUCCCCCGGCGGAGGUUAUGAUGGUGCAUUGUGCGGGCUGCGAGAGGCCGAUUUUGGACCGGUUCCUGCUGAACGUCUUGGACAGGGCAUGGCACAUCAAAUGCGUCCAGUGCUGCGAGUGCAAGUGCAACCUGACCGAGAAAUGCUUCUCCAGGGAAGGCAAACUCUACUGCAAAAAUGACUUUUUCAGGAGGUUUGGUACCAAAUGCGCCGGCUGCUCCCAAGGCAUCUCCCCCAGCGACCUCGUCCGCAAAGCCCGGAAUAAAGUCUUUCACCUGAACUGUUUCACCUGCAUGGUCUGCAACAAGCAGCUCUCCACGGGCGAGGAACUCUAUAUCAUCGACGAAAACAAAUUUGUUUGCAAAGAGGAUUAUUUGAACUCUCCCAGUUUGAAGGAAGGCAGCCUCAACUCAGCACCCGGGGCCGGAUCCUGCCACGCCAGUCAGUGGGGCCGCUGCUGUGAGCGAGUGUCCUCAUGUACAGACAGGAGUUUGUCCCCGGAUCUCCAGGACCCCAUGCAGGACGACACCAAGGAGACGGACAACUCGACCUCCUCGGACAAGGAGACCACCAACAACGAGAAUGAGGAGCAGAACUCGGGCACCAAGCGGAGGGGGCCCCGCACCACCAUUAAAGCCAAGCAGCUGGAGACCCUCAAAGCUGCCUUUGCCGCCACUCCCAAACCCACCCGCCACAUCCGAGAGCAGCUGGCCCAGGAGACGGGCCUCAACAUGAGAGUCAUCCAGGUUUGGUUCCAGAACCGUCGGUCCAAGGAGCGGCGGAUGAAGCAGCUGAGCGCGCUGGGGGCCCGCCGGCACGCCUUCUUCCGCAGCCCCCGCAGGAUGCGGCCCCUCGGCGGCCGCCUCGAUGACUCCGAGAUGCUCGGCUCCACGCCCUACACCUACUACGGAGAUUACCAAGGUGACUACUAUGGACCGGGAGGCAACUAUGACUUUUUCCCCCAUGGGCCGCCCUCCCAAGCCCAGUCCCCAGCCGACUCCAGCUACCUUCAGAACUCAGGACCCGGCUCCACACCCCUGGGACCCUUGGAGCCCCCCCUAAGCGGACACCACUCCUCAGAAAACCAAAGGUACACGGAUAUGAUCUCGCAUCCCGACACCCCCAGCCCUGAGCCUGGGAUGACCGGUUCGCUACACCCCAUUCCGGGGGAGGUUUUCAGCGGGGGGCCCAGUCCCCCCUUCUCCAUGUCCAGCAAUAGCGGCUACAGUGGGGCUCUCUCGCACCCCAACCCGGAGCUCAGUGAGGCGGCAGUUUGGUAGGUCUGGCACGGGCACGCGUGAGCCUGUGGGGGGGAAACACCCCCACAUUCCCCCAGCCCACGCGUGUCCCCCCCCACCCUGGAGCAGGGCGCAUCACAUCACCAUCACCGGAUAAAGACCCCCGUCUGAUGCCAAAACACAUCCCUGCAUCCCUCCCCAUCACUGCACAACUCCCCCCGAGGACCUUGGGGCCACCCCGCUACCUCCCUUUCCCGGCACCUUCACCCCAAUAUGAUGGGGGGGACAAUAAACAGUGCCCAGCCCCGAAGAACCCCCCCACCGGCGUCGGGACCACCACCUUGGACCAAAGCUGAACUCGCCUGGACACGGGUCCCACCGCCCCCGUGGCGCCUGGGGAGGGGGGCGCUGGGGCAGGGCUCCCCUCUGCUAAUUAGCAUCCUUUUUAAUUAUUCCUUACACGUCAUGGCGGGGGGGGGGGGAUGGGGAAUAGCAAGAAUAACCCCCCCCGUGGCCCCCCCUCUGCCCUUGGUUUUGUUGUUCCCAUUUUAUCCCCAAGGAGAAGGUGGCUUUGGACCCGGUUUUUGGUGAUGGGUAGCAGGGGGGGUUGAGGGGGCCAGGCCCAGGGCUACUCCAGUGACUGGCUGAGAUUGGGCUCCCAUGCGGCAGAAAAGACACCAGAAAGAGGCAGAAACAGGAAAAAAAAUACAUUAAAAAUAAUAAUAAUAAUAAAAAAACAGAACAAACCCAACCACCACAGCAGCAGAAAUGAAACCGGAGCCUCGACGCCGAGUCCCACCCCAACGUUUCCCGGAGACUCCUCCAAUUUAAGGAUGUAUUAUAGUUUUUGCUUCUAGUUUCUUUAUUUUGUAUAAAGGAGAAACAAAUAAAGUAUGUUUUUGUGUUUACUGAU